CAACAAUAUCAUCAUCAUCGAUAUCAACUCUGAUCUCGCCUCGCGCUCCCGAUAAGCCUGGCCCCUCACGUCGGCGCCCCUUUAACCUCGCAUAUAAGUAGAGCGCUUCAUCGAUCCUCCUCGUCCACUUGCCUUCUCCACCAUCCCUCAGCCAUGUUCGGAAGACUCACCCGUCUCGCCAUCGACUUGGUUGCCGUCAGCGUCCUGCUUGCGGGCAUCAAGCGCUCGACGGGGUAUUCACUCCACACGGGCCGCGUGAAGGACUCGACGUGGCGCAACGUCCUCGACACGUACCUUGGCAUCGGCGAGAACGUCUUCGCAUUCUGCUGCGGGUUCGCGGUGUCAAGCUCAUACUUCCGCCGGCAGAUCGACUAGGCAGCGACUAAUGCGGCGUCGAGACGACACGGCGACUUCUAACCGCCUACCCACGACGAGCCUCGCUGGUGGGGCGUGUGCAUACCCCGGCUUGUAGUAUUGGGCUUUGUAUGUAACUCACUGAGGUGUGCCACCUCUUCCGUUCAUUGCUGCAUAGAUCUAGCCGCGAGGUUCUGUAUUUGCCUCCAGCCGAC